AAUUUUGUUUCAGAAGUCGAGGGUUAUGAGUCAUCCGAACACAGAAGUAGUAUUACUAAAUACGGUGUAGUUCUUGUUCAAUUGCCAGAUGCGCCAUCUGUCGACAUAACAAUAGACCCAGUGCCGAUACCGAAAUCCGAGCCAGCGACAGAUCCGUUGAAUGUUUCCCCUGGAGAAGGUCCACAAGUGCAAGAAUUAGUGGAAAUCGUCGAUGAAGAAGAAGAAUCAGAAGCAGAAACGCAACCAGAACCAGAACCGGAACCAGAACCGGAGACUGGAUCGGACACAGAAACAGAAAUAGAAGAAGUGGGAUACAAAAUAGGAUCAAGAUUACAAAUGUCAAAGUUAAUUUGCAAAUUCUGCAACAAAAUAUUUGAAGCAAGAGUCCACUUGAGUCGUCACAUGAAACUCUGCUGUGCAUUGAAUCCGCGCGGCGAUGCAAAUCAAUUAAUGUUCUCAUGCUAUCUCUGUGCCUUCAAAAGUCACUUGAAUAUAAAUAUUGUCAGACAUAUUAAGAAUGUUCAUGAGAGCAAUAUCAAGUCUCGGUACAAAUGCGAACUGUGCGGCUAUCAUAGUAAUUACAAGUCUCAUGUAAAACGUCAUUUGAAAUCCAUCCAUCAUGCCAUGGAAGAUCAUUAUAUUUGUGAAAACACUUAAAUCUUAAAAAUAUUUUAUUUUUUAAAUAAUUUUUCCAACACUUUACAGCCUUAUUUCACAUAUUAAUAUAUAAGACAUUUAAUUAUGCACUCAUUUAUAAUUUUACCAGCAAAAACUUGCAAUUUUACUUCUAUCAUUUCUUCCCCCCACUAUUACAAAAUUUGCGCAUGCGCAGUAUACCUUUUUUAACACUUUGCCCUAGGCGAUGUUCUUUUGAGUUAGAAGUGAUCAAAAUGACGUUGAGAUUCGCUCACGCAUGCGCAGAUGGCAGUCGCCAUCUUACUUUAUUUGGGCAUGCGCGUGAGGAAGAAAUAAAGACUUUGGAUGGCUUUGAACCCAAAAGAACAUAACCCUAGUAAUCCUAGCCAAGAUUUUGAAAAAAAAAAACAUGUAAAGUUUUUCCAGAGUCGCCGUCGGAAAUCGUCGGAAAUGUUCGGCUUUUAAUGUUAAUGUGAACCAAUGACGUGCAAGUAGACAGAUUUUUUAAGAGUGGGGGUAAAACCCGAUGGCAAAUUACUCUGGGAAGACUAGAAAUUGUAUUUUACUCCAGAGUUGAUUAAAAUCGCCGCUAGGGGUGGGGGAAAAUUCUUAAACCCUUAUUAGGACUACUGUAACUUUAUUUAACAAUUAAUUUUAUCAUUUACAAUGAUGUUAUAACUUUUAAAAUAAUAUUUUGUUCAAUUUAUUUUUAAUAAAAAUAAACUAAUUAAUUACUCGUUUAUAUUUAUUAUUAUUUAUUUACU